CCGCCUGUUCCCAAAUGCUCAUUUUUAUCGCAGCUGCUGUCCUCCUACCAUCUUUGUUCACUGAGACAUUCUCUUCUCAACCCUACAAAAGUGCUACAGAAGUUUUCAAAGCUUUGAUACAAUUGACUGAUGCUGAGUUCGAACAACUUUACGCAGACUUAAGGGAAUACCAACUUGGGAGCACGGACUUCAAAUCGAACAAAACUGUUAAUGACAAGCUAGAAACAAUGCGCAACAAAGUGUCAAAGCUGAUGAUGCCUGCACAGAACUUCGUCAAAAAAGUCGCGAGUUCUGCAGGGAAGGAGUGGCGCAAGGAAGGCUUGCAGAUUGAAAGCGUCCAGAAAGCUUUUGAUGAACUCCGUAAGGACAAAAAUGCAUGCGAAAACCUUUACAGCAUAUAUCCUCAACUGAAGCUUGGAAAAUGCUGAGUUCGACGCUGUUCUGCCGAGGAACAGUCACAGAAAUAUCAUUCAAAAUGUGUUCAUACUUCCGUACAGCAAAAAAAUUUUUGUAAGAUAUGACA